AUGACAGUGCACUGAUCGCACCUUGCGUUCAUUCUCUCUCUAUUCUUUAGUCAUAAAAAUAAUAAACAAAAGGAACGAGUUCACUGAUGCAUCUUUUCUUCCAGUGUUUUUGAUCAUGUGUUUCAUCGAGUGUGUACCUAAUUAGAGUGUUUUCUUUUUUAUAUAAAACUUGCGGGGAGAAAAAAAAAUUCAACUUUAGAUUUUCAAAAUGACUGAAGGUGGUGCAAUAAAAACGAAGCGCAAUGGUGCUCGAAUUUUUAAAAAUCCCCCACAACCUCAUAUGUGCAUUCAAGAUUAUAUGCAGGGUUCUGAACUUCCUUGCUACGUUAAUGUCUUGUCGUGGGACAAGGUCGCUAUGCAUUGCAGCCUCUAUCAGAAUGUGCCACUUUAUGGAGGAAUGAGAGUAUCACCCCCUCGAGGGGAAAAAGCAGAAGUUGGCGUUUUUGCCGUAAUUGCAAAUCCUGAACUUCUCAAACUUUACGGAAAAAAUUGCCAAGAUGUCAAGGAUCAAGCAACGUUAAUAGAAGCUUUGCUCGAUUUUGUGGAGACUAAAAAUGAAGGAGUUUACUUUUCUCGACAAUAUGUUAUUCUUAAAGACAAAGAUAUCACUGGCGAAUUGAAAGAAGUGUGGAUGGCAGUUCAAGCCAAGAGGGAGAGAGAAAAUCUUCUACCUCAACAAGAAACGUGGAUAGAUGCUCAGCCACCUUCUCCCCAAUAUCCACAAUAUUCUGAUCAACAAUUACAAAAUCCACCACAACAACAACAACAACAACAGCAACACGUAGAAUACGCACAUCCACCACAAUAUCGAUCAAACGCCGCUUAUCCCAUUGGAUCAGUACAAAGCAAUGAAAUAGUUAAUCACGAGAGAGAAAUUCGUUACAAUUAUCAACAACAAAAUGCAAUAGUCAGACAAAAUGAACAAAUUUAUCAAUCAUUCAAUCCACAAGAUCGUUGUUAUAAUUAUCGUGAACGAGGUCGACCAAACGUUCAACAAAAUCCACCGCAACAAAAUUGUCCCGCAUAUCCUGCGCCGCAAUAUCAAUUUCAACAACUUCCACGACAAAUGGUGCCACAAUAUGUUAAUUCAAAUAUGCAUAUCAAUUCAAAUCCUAAUUCAAAUAUGACUAAUCAAGAUUACAAAAUGAAUCUCAAUUUUUCAUCGAAAUUUUAUGAGUUAAAAGGAAUGCAACAACAGCAGCAACAACAAAUAACUGAUAGGAGCCAAACAAAUAAUACAAUGUUUGUACCCGUUGAAUUUAAAGAAUUAUGGUUGGCCGAUCAAGUUUUACAACAACAGCAACAACAACAGCAGCAGCAACAGCAACAAAUGCAACAGAAUCAAAUCCCACGACUUGUUUAUCAACAUAAGCGACAAAUGCAUCGGCAAAAGCAAAUUCAGCAACAACAGCAGUUGCAAUACUGUCCUACAAAUGAAAAACUACAGGUAGAACAGCAACAAAUUCAACAACAGCAUCAAAUUCAAAUGCAACAACAUCAGAUUCAAGAACAACAACAGCAUCAAAUUCAGAUUCAACAACAGCAGAUUCAAGAGCAACAACAGCAUCAAAUUCAGAUGCAACAACAGCAGAUUCAAGAGCAACAACAACAGCAAUUUAUAAAUUAUCAACAAUCAACCAAUCAACAGUAUCAACGUCAAACACAACAAAUGCCACAAAGUCAAAAUCAAUCUCAAUCUGAGAAUCAAAUUGAUGUCGGCGACAAACGGUCCAAGAGAAAAAAUUCUCAAUAUAUUGGCGAAUUGGAUAAAACACAAGAACAACAAUAUAGGACAAUACAAUUGAGAUCAGAUAUGAGAAAAUGGUCAAAUAAACAAGAUUUGACUGAUUGUGAAAUUGGCGAUCCCUCGAAGAGAAAAGUAAAAAGGUGCCGUGUUGCAUGGAAUUCACUUUGUAAUAGAAAAGGAAAACUUGACGGUGAAAAAUUGAAUCAAACAAAAAGUGACUCAACAAUAAAUACAAAUGAUCAGGACGAGGGUUAUCAUCAAGCUUAUACGAUAUUAAAAAAACCCGACGUGUCAACUACAACAAAAACAAUACCAACAACAACGACAACAACAAUAAAUAGUGAAGAAUCCAAUGUCCAAAAGUCGAAUGAUUUGGAGGACGAAAUCGAGAAGAAACUCGCUCAGAUAUCCAUUGAAGACUGUAAGGACGCGACUGAAGUCAAUGUCGUGCUUUCGUGAUAGAUUAGUUAUUAAUUAAUUAAUACACAUUAAUAAGGUAAGACAUAAGUUUAGUGUACAUAACUAGAUAGCGUUCAUAAUAAUCCGGUAAGAAAAAAAUAAUAGUCGACGAGAUGAUUCCAAAUCCGUAUUCACUAUUAAGCAGAAAAAAAAAACAAACGCCUUUGAAACUGUCGAAUCACAACCCUGCCUUUUCAUAUACUCUCGUCACAUUGCUGGGUAGUUGAACAGUUUCGAAAAAAACAAUUUUUCUUUUUUUUGCUUUCAGACAUUUAAAUUUGAAAAAACCGGGAGUUUUAGAAUUGAAUUUUUUUUUUUUUAAGCAAUUAUUUAAUUAAGCAAAAAAUAAUCUUUUAAUUACUUACACCCAGAGAAAUUAUAUAUUUGUCUCAGAGUCAAAUAAACUUUAUUUGUAAUUUUUUAUUUGCAACAAAUAAAAAUUUAUUAGACUUUAAGACAAAUAUACUUUAAAUAAAUAAAAGAUUCCUCUGGAUGUAUAUUGAAUGAUGAUUUUCAAUUUUUUCGACGCGCUAAGAAUCUAAAAUAAUGUUACUCUAGCAAAAAAAAAUUCUACUUUUAUAAAAUAUUUUCAAAAAAAAUUUUCAAAGAUUUCUUUUGAAAAUUAUUGAAAAAUAAAUGGAAAUCUGAUUUUUAAGUUUCAUUUUAUGGCAAAUUAAUGUAAUAUAAAUGUUUAAAAAAAAUAUAUUCUAUAUUUGUAAUUUUUUAUUUAAUUUGAAGACAAUAGAAACAUUUUUCUUUUACUAUAAUUUGUCAUAAAGUGGAAUUUGAAAUUCUCCCUACCAUUUUUCAUUUUUUUUCAGUAUUUUUGUGAUAGUGAAAAAAAAAUCAUUGUAGGCAAAUAUUUUUUGUUAAUGAAUCAUAAUUUUAGAUUCUAAAUAGUGGAAGAAAAAAACAAAGUUCUACAAUUUCUUUUUUUAAAUUGAAAAAAAAAAAAUUAAUCGCGUGAUUUGAUCGACCGAAUAAAAAACAACCUGAGAGAGACACAUUUGAACAUUAUAGUUGAAAAUAAUUAUUUUAGUAUAAUAAUUUAUUUUUUAAAAAAUAAGUUUUCUUUUCAACUAUAUGUUAAAUAAAUGAUUACUCAGAUUGUGUUUUUGAAAAAAUUUCAAAGAAAAAUAUUUAUAUACACAGACACAGCAUCGGAAAAGUUAUUUUUUAUUUUUUGUGAUCGGUUUUGAAAAUAUUUCGUUGGGGUUUGCUGGCGUGGCUGUGAAAAGAAAGAAAGGCAAAAGUGAAAAAAAAAAAUCAGCUAGGAGACUCACGACCAAGCGAUAUUUUAAAAGUGAUUUAUUUGGACAGCCAGAAAUUCACAAGACAAUAUUUAGGAUAUUGCAAAAACGUAUAAAGAAUUUCAAAUUCAGAAUGAUUACCUCUCUCCCUUAUAAAGAAUAAUAUGAUGAAAAAUGAGUCCUUGCAAAGAACUGAUAUUAACUUUUAUUAAUGAUUAUUAUAAAUAUAUAUAUAUAUAAAAAUAUAUAAAUUAAUUAGGACUAUAAAAUAAACAUAAUAUUAAAAACGGAACUUCUUGAAUGAAGACCGGAACGCCUUGUUCCUAAUGCUGAACACGCACCGACACACGAAGGCUUUGGAUUUGACGUAGACUUAAGAGUUUAAAAAAAAAAAAAUCAUUACUCGUAUGGAACUUCAAAAAAAAAAAUAGAAAAAAAAUCUUAAAGGCUUUCGUGUAAAUUUAAACGAGCCAAAAUUUUUUGUUCGGUAUACUCCGCCAUUUGUCUUCGCAGUUUAGUCAGGAUAGAAUUAGUUAAUGAAAUAAGAAUUAAAAAAAAAAAAAAACAAUACGAACACCAUUUGUAAAUCGUAAAUAGGUGCUCUUCCAUAAAAAAAAAAGAAAUUGCCUCAAAUACACAAUUCGCGAUUUUCUAGACACACAAUAAUUGAAAGACGACGAUGUGACGGCCAAUUGGAUUCAAUCCACUAUUGACAAAAAAAAAAAGAAAAAUGCGUCACAAUUUACGAAAAAUGGAUUUGAGCAGAGAUCAUUUUCUGAAUUGAUACGCGACAGUGAUUUGAAUUUUGUCCUUCGUAAUUCCGGUGGAUGAUGAAAAUUCAUUUAAAAAAAAAAUAUAAUUUAUUUUUAAUUUCUUAAUGUAUUGAUAUUUUUAUAAUUUUAACUUUUUUAAUUUUUUUGUCUUUCAGAUUUUUUUUUUAAUUUCUCCUUCAAAUUAAUUUUUUUUUCAAGUUUAAUUUUUUCACUAAUUGUUUUUUUGUUUUUCUGUACUAUAAAAUUUUUAACACUUUUUAAAAGCAAAAAUCACUUUAUUUUAUGUUAAGUUAUUUCUUUGAGAAAACAUUCAUCUAUUUUUGAAAAAUCGUAAUUAAAAGAAAAUUUAAUUUAAUUUAAUGAUUUUUCUUCAUUAAAAAUUGUUUUCAUAUCAGAGUCAUCCGUAAUUAUAAUUAUCACAUUCAUUUAAGAAAAUAAUAAAUAGCUAUAAACAAUUAUAAUUUUAAUUUAAAUAUUUUAAAAUUUUAUUUUAACAUUCUGUCAAAUGUUCAUGGUCCUAUUUAUCAUUUUCAGUAUUAAUUUUAAUAACAAAAAAAAAAAAAUAAUUACAAAUUGUUCUGAUUAAAAAGUAACAAUCAAGAAUAAAUAAAUGAAUAUUUUGUCAUCUACUGUGAAUUGUGAGGCAAUUUUAAAAAAUACAAGAAUAAGGUGGUUAUUGUCUCAUAAAUUGUGAUUCUGACCAAAAAUUAAUGAGAGAUCGCAGUGUGCAUACUUUUAUCAAUAAUAAUGUAAUCGAUGCUCGACAUCAGCUGCUGUUUAGAAUACGUAUUAUAUUAAUAAGAAUUCAAAUAUGUAUAAAAAAAAGAAGUUUAAUCUUACGACUAGAUUGUAAAAAAAAAAGCGGCGAAUGUUUCAAAUAAUCGUCAUUUUCAAAGUUUUGCAUCGAGAAAAAACAAUUUUUUUUUCCUGAUAAUUUUAUCAAAUUUUCAAUAUAAAAAUCGAAAAAUCCCGUCAAAAUAGAAAAUUUACUAUUUUUUUCAGUUUUUUGAUAUACAAACCAAAAUAAUAAAUUACAUUUUAUUUUUUUAAAUAAUCAUUACUGUAAAUUUUAGAAAGUUUAUUUAAAUGAAAUUAUAAAAAAAAAUUAUAUAAAAACUAAAUUAGAAUUUAAUUAAAUUCGAAAUUAAAAUUUUUUUAUUAUUAUUUAUAUUAUAUUGUUGAUUGUAUUAUUUAUUAUUGUUAUUAUUAUAAUUAUGUUUAAUAUAUAUUAGUAUGUCAAACACUAUUUUUAAACAAAUAUGGUAAAUUUUCAAUUUUGUCUGUAAAUUUUAAUUUUUAUCGAAAAUUCAGUAAAAGAAAAUUAUUUUUCUCCUUGUAGAUUUAUUAUUAUUCUUUUAUUGCAAAAUUUCCCAUGGAAAUGUUGCGUCUCUUUAGAAAAAAAAAAAUGAAUUAUAUUAUUAUAUUGCUUCGCGUAUUUUUACAUUUUUUGAUGGGACAAAAAAAACAUUUAUAUGCUUAAAAUUUUUUUUAAAAAAACGUCCCUUAAAAAAAUUGAGAGCCGCAUCAAUUUUCAUUUGUCCCAAAAUGUAUAAUCAUUAUCUGGCUGCGAUCGAAUGAGGGAAAGGACUUGGUCGCAGUGAAAUGAAAUGAGAAAUUUUAGAAAAUUUCAAUUUAUUUAUUAUAAAUAAAAAGAAAAAAAGAAACAAAAAAAAAAAUAUUUCUAAAGAAAAGAAUAUAUAUUUGAUUGGGUUGCUCUAUAUUAUACAUUUUAUUAUAAGGAAUUCUUGUUUUUGAAUUACAUUUUUUUUUUUUUUUUAAUAAGCAAAUUCAAGUUCGAAUCGAUAAUUGAGAUUAAUCGUUAUGAUUUUAGUUAUUAUUAUUAUUUACAAACUAAUUUUAUUUAAAUAGUGUUUUUAUAAUUUUAAGUCUACCAAAUACUGUGUAUAACAGGAAAAAGAAAAAAAAAAUUAUAAUUUUUGUUUGUUUGUUAAACAAAUCCAAUGUUUAAUUGAAAUUAUUUUUAUUUUUUUGUUUUUUUACUUUAGAAAGAGAAUCAAUGAUAAAAUUUUAGUUUAUUUAUGCAUUUUAAUUGAUCUCCAUUUUACAACAAAAAAUAAAAUAUUAUUUAUUUUGUUUGUUUUUUUUUCUUUUCUUCUCUCUUAUUUUGAAUUUUGAUUCUUCACAAAAAAAAAUUUUUAAUCUGAGUUAUAUAAACUUAAAUUAAUGCAAAAAAAAAAAAAAAAGUAUUAUUAAUUGCGAUUGGGUGCGGGUAAAUGAGAAAAAGAAAAGAAAAUCUUUAGAGAAAUUUAUUUUUUUAAACUUUAGCGGUUUAAGGCCAACAAUAAUAACUUUGAAUUUUUAUACGCAUUAUUUAGAUUUUUAAUAAUAAACUUUCAAUGCGACUUUUUCCUUUCUCGAAAAUUUAGUUUCUUUACAAUCCGAUAUCCAGCUAUUGUUAUUAAUAAUAUGUAUUCAGUAUUCAUGUUAUUUUAGAUUAUUAUAAUAUUAUAUGGUUUAAUAUUUGUGACCAUUAAUAUUGUAAUCUAUUAUUAUUCUAUAAUACACGUUUUUUCCAAAGUUAA